AUGGAUCCGGCUAAUGAUGAUCCAAGUAAUGAUAACAAUACUAAUGGCAAUGCUAAUGACACGGAUGAUAAUAAAGAGGACAAAGAAGACAGUUUGCCACAUUCACAGCAGCAGCAACAGGAGAAAGAUCCCGCAGUAGAUGAUGAUGUAGAUUAUUAUCCAGGCUAUCAUCAACGUUCCGAUGAUGAACCGGAUCCAGAUGAAGACGAAGAGUCCAAAGAAUAUGAUUCUAGUCCAGAAUACGCUAGCAGUGGCAACGAGGAGGAGGACGAUGAAUACGAUUCUAGUCCAGAAUACGCUAGCAAUGGCAAUGAGGAGGACGAUGACUGA